UCUGGCACGUGACGUUCUAUUUUGUUUUUAAGAGAUCUGCCGCUUCCUUAUUAUCAGUCAGACUUAAAGACGGAAAAGCAUGGGAUCCAGCUGCUUCGCCUUUUUCGGUAUUUUACUUUUGUGCACCUGCUCGGCUUCACCGCCGAAUUUCGUCCUCCUCUUCGCUGACGAUUUAGGUUUCGGGGACUUGGGCUGUUAUGGACAUCCUAGUUCACUCACUCCCAACCUGGACCGCCUGGCAGCUGAAGGGCUUCGAUUCACAGAUUUUUACAGCACCUGCCCCGUGUGCAGCCCGUCCAGGGCAUCAUUGUUGACAGGUCGCUAUCAGACCCGGUCAGGAAUCUACCCAGGUGUGUUGUACCCAGGAUCUAUAGGUGGUCUUCCUCUCAAUGAGACCACCAUCGCCGAAGUGUUAAGGCCCCUGGGUUAUGCUACAGCAGUCAUAGGAAAGUGGCACUUAGGGCUUGGACACAAUGGCAUGUUUCUUCCAACCAAGCAGGGCUUUGACCAUUUCCUGGGGAUCCCAUACUCCCAUGACAUGGGCCCCUGUAAGAAUCUGACUUGUUUCCCUCCAGAUAUAAAGUGCUAUGGAGUGUGUGAUAUUAACACUGUAACCGUCCCGCUAAUGCAGAAUGAGGUCAUCAAACAACAACCCGUCAACUUCCUGGAUCUGGAGAGGAGUUACAGUGACUUUGCAACAAACUUCAUAACCACAUCGGUUGAGAAAAAACAACCAUUCUUCCUCUACUAUCCAACACAUCACACCCACUACCCCCAGUAUGCAGGUAUAGGGGCAGCUGGACAAUCUUUAAGGGGUCCGUUUGGGGAUUCUCUGUUGGAGUUUGACAACACUGUAGGCCACCUGAUGGCAACUCUGGAGAGGACAGGAGUGAUCAACAACACAUUGGUCUUCUUUACAUCAGACAAUGGGCCUGAACUGAUGCGUAUGUCCCGUGGAGGCAACGCUGGUCCUCUGAAAUGUGGCAAAGGUACCACAUAUGAGGGAGGCAUGAGAGAACCUGCCAUCGCCUACUGGCCGGGAAUCAUCAAGCCAGGUGUUACUCAUGAGAUGGCCAGCACUCUAGAUAUCCUCCCCACAUUGGCGCGCCUGGCAGGAGCUGAACUACCACAGGUGAUGCUGGAUGGGGUCGAUAUGACGGAUAUCCUUGUUAAACAAGGAAAGAGUAAAAGGGAAGCCAUGAUCUUCUACCCUGUAGAUCCCAGUGAAAAAUAUGGCCUCUUUGCUGUAAGGCUGGGAAAAUACAAGGCUCACUUCUAUACACAAGGUGCUUUCCACAGCAGUACUACACCAGACAAAGACUGCCCAGAAACAGCAGUCUUCAAGGCUCAUGACCCUCCUCUGAUAUUUGAUCUGGAGGCUGACCCAUGUGAGCAUUAUGCUCUGCCAGUAGAUACACCUGACAUCCAAUCUGUGCUGCAACAGGUCAAGACAGUUAAGGAGCAAUUUGAAUCCUCCAUGGUGUUUGGAGAGAGCCAAGUGGCAAAAGGAACAGACCCCAACCUCGAGCCUUGCUGCAACCCUGAGUGUAGCCCCAAACCUAGCUGCUGUCAGUGUUGAUGAGAAAAACUGUUACAGCUUAAGGAAGGAAGGGAAAGUUGGACUAAAGUGCUGCUCUCCUGUGGAGAGUUUUAAUUACUGGAAAUGGAAAAUGAAUGUAAAGUAAAUGUGCUCCCUUAGUGAGGAGAUGAUUUUCUCAAAUUUGAUACUGUUAAAAUUAUAACUAAUGUUUAACAGUGUACUGUAUCAUCUUUCUUCUGUGCUGUGAGUAUUGUUUUAUUUGAUUUCUAAUUUCCACUCAAGGAAUUCUUGGUAAGCCCUUUUCACUCAUAACAUCAUGAGUUAACUAAACAAUGAAGACAACAAUAAAGUUUCAGACAUCAAUCAUA